CAUCAGCUUUAUUUCAAAUCUCCCCCAACGUCUCUUUUUAAUAUCUCUCUCUCUCUCUGCUUCUUGAAUUGAGAGUCUCUCUCUUUCUUUCUGGACAAAAGCUAAAAACUUCUCCUUUCUCCACAUUUUUGGGCUUUCUUGUCUUUGUGCUCUUGUUUCUUCUAUUAACCCAAUUAAUCUCAUCAACAGAUUCAAAAUUUAUUUCCUCUGUUUUAGUAUUUAUCUCAAUCACUCCUUCGUAUUCAAUUGCAAAAGAGAAACCGAGAAAGUAGUCAGCUUGUCUACAUUGUCUUGAUCUCCUUCAAAGUGGCGCGUGGCGCGUGUCUCCCAACUCUUAUUAGAGUAAGUCUUGCGUCCGAAACAAGCUCAUGUAUGUGCUUUGAUUUGCAUCAGAUCAUACAACCUCUGGAGACUGGAGAUAGCCUCAACAGCUUUGCGUAAAGCAGAAUGCCAAAACCAAGUAUUAGAGGUUCAGAGUUGCCUCAGAGACAAUCUCCAAGGUUAAGGACAUCAUCAUCGUCCUUUUCCUCUGAGCCGAAGCAUCUCAACCGUCCAAUUACAGACCGGAGUCCAAAGCUCGGUCUUGACCGUAGAUCUCCGAGGAGUUGUGGACCUCACACGGAUCCGCUGACUCAGAAGAAGCUUGGGAGUCGCAUCUCUGGCUUAGAGUCACAGCUAGGUCAAGCCCAGGAGGAGUUGAGAUUGCUCAAACAGCAAUUGGCUAGAGCUGAGGCUGCCAAGAAACGUGCUCAAGAAGAGCUUCAUCAUAAGAAGAAAUCCAAGAAACCAAACCCUUCUGUUCCGGAGAGAGACGAGAUUCCUGGUGAUGGAAAUCAAGAGACUGAUGUUUUCGAGGUUCUUGUUGAGGAAGCAAAAGAAGGUGAGAAGGUGAAGAGUGAUGAGUUGGCUUCAAAGGAAGACCAAAUCAAUGUACUGAAAGCUAGACUAUACGACUUGGAGAAAGAAAAGGUAUCACUUGGCGAGGAGAACGCAAGCUUGAAGGAUCAGUUGAAGAGGACGGGUUCAGAAAUGUCCACUGCAAAGGCGAAAGAGGAUGAGAUAGCUUCAAAGGUGAGUCAGAUUGAGGAAGAGCUGGAAGAAAGCAACGAGACCACGGCAGAGCUAAAGAAGAAGCUUGAAUCCAUGGAAGACGCAAAAGAGAGUCUAGAAGUCGAGAUGAAGAAGCUUAAAGUACAAACCGAGCAGUGGAGGAAAGCAGCAGACGCUGCAGCUGCGGUUUUAUCUGGAGGGGUUGAGAUGAAUGGUCGGUUCUCAGAGCGGUGCGGGUCAAUGGAGACGCAUUUUGUAGGCAUAUUUGUAGGAUCACCGGGAAUGGCUGAUGAUUCGGAUGACGGGUUAGGGUUUGGGAAGAGGAAAGGUUCAGGGAUGAAGAUGUUCGGUGACCUGUGGAAGAAGAAAGGGCAAAAAUGAAGUGAUAGAACAAACACUAGCGUGUGAUUCAAGGAAGUGUGGGAUGGUCUGAUUGUCUACGAAAUGACGAGCUCAUCAUUUCGAAUUAUGUAAAAUGAUUUCUAGUGAUGAUCAUUUAGAGAA